UCGGCGGCGUUCGGUGCUGAAGUGGGGCGGAUGGCAGGAAAAACGGCGGCGAUGGACUCUUCUCCGCGGGAUUCCCGUGUGCGAUGCCGCUGACCGGACACCGGGACGUCGCGCGUUCGCUCCCGUCGCCCUCGGACACUGACAGCCCGGCGCGAAGCGAUGCUGUACUUUAAUUGCUCCCUCUACUCCCAAGUCCAUAAAUGACCCUUUCACCGACAUCCGAGGAAGCCUAGGAGGCGACGUCGAGCGAAAAAACUAACGUAGGCGGGUGAAAUAAGGAAACAAGGAGAGGAAGUUCUCCCGCUUCGCCUCAGCUUUCGUGUCCGUGGCCGUCGGUCAGGGAUGGUGAGACCACUAACUUCUCUUCUCUGUGGUGAAAAGAACCUCCUUGCUCUGCCCCAAACCUGCAGCGAGCCAAUCGGCCGGUGUGUCGGCCGAACCGACGCCCAGACAGACCGGCCUGCCAUCGUCCAGCAACCUAUUACCUCACGCCAUGAUUGCUCUGUCUGACCUGUUUUUAGAACCUCAGUAAUUCAUGCCCCGAAGUGUGAGCGGAGUGGAGAUGAGAAAAAGGCAGGCGGCUCACAUCGAGGCCCCCCCGCAGGCCCCUGGACAGCCCCGACCCAACACCUGCUGUCUCUGCUGGUGCGGCUGCUGCAAGUGUCUCUGGAAUGAGGACAGGCUGGAGAGGAGUGAGCGACAGACCUGCACCAAGAUGGACAGUAUCGAAGCUGAAGAUGAUCAAUGCCCCAGUCUGGAGGAGCUGCUGUCGUGGGCCCGGAGCUUCGAGAUGAUGCUGCGCUCCUUGGAGGGCCGGGAGGUCUUCCAGGAGUUCCUGCGCUCGGAGUACAGUGAGGACAACCUGCUCUUCUGGUUGGCCUGUGAGGAGCUGAAGAAGGAGACCAAUCCCACCGUGGUGGACGAGAAGGCCAGGAUUAUCUACGAAGACUACGUGUCCAUAUUAUCGCCCAAAGAGGUGAGUCUGGACUCCCGGGUCAGAGAAGGAAUAAACCAGAGUCUGGCUGAGCCCAGCAACCUGAUCUACGAGGAGGCCCAGCUCCAGAUCUACACCCUGAUGCACCGCGACUCCUUUCCCCGUUUCCUCAACUCCUCCGUUUACAGAGACCUCCUGGCCAACAGGAGGCGCACCUGCCUCGACCCCUAGACCCCCUUCACUCCUCCCUCAUUGCCAUCGUACACCAACGAGACUACUACUUAAACUUCAAAUACUACUAUGGUGCCAGAAAUCGGGUUUGGAAAAAAUCUCUCCCUUUUUUGAUUGAAAAGACUGAAUGACGUCCAAGAUAGCUGGUUGUGUUUUUUUUUUUUUUAUUUAUAUUUUUUAAGCAAUUUAUAUCCAGUUCCUCACUGGAGCCAGGUCGGCCUUUGCUGGUUGGUUACUGGUCAAUUCAAGAUCUUUAAUGCUUGCCAGUGAUUGUUUCGCUCGCAGUUUGUGCUGUUUGUUUCGGUAGACGGUGGCCGACCCACGUGGGUUGAAACGUGGCCGACCCGUUGGCCAGCCGUCGCUCACCUGUGGACGAGGACUCCUCGGGCGGCGGGGACAGAAAAAGAGAGAGAGAGAUGAAAAAAAAGGACAAGCCAACUGUUCCUGUACUGUAAUAUUUAGAACUCAUGCUUUCUACCCGCACUUCUAAAGUUCUCUCUCUUUACUCAUUCUCUUUCAUGUUUUUAUUGUGUUCUUUCUAACUCUGUCCCAUUCCUCAGACAUGUUUUGAUUUUGACUUGUUUUUGAUUUUUUUUCUGUACUAUCCAAACAUGACACCUAGUUGUUGGUGGGAGCUGGAGAGUGAGUUUUCUGCCCAUUUAACCAGUAGAAGCACUGGCUCUGCAUGUGACUCUCUCUCUCGACAGUAGCUUGACCAUGUAAGCCGCGGACUGCAACUGUUUUUGAAUAUUGAGAUGUAUUAAGACGGGGACCUGUCUCUGUCUGGUUGUUUUUGUUCAGUGAAGGGAAGUACACUUCUGCCCAUGUUAGGCUUACUGCCGUUUCGUUGAUGAGGAGAUUUAAUGGCUUCUGCGGCAGAGGCAGCGGCAAAAGCACCUACCCACCCAUCCAUCCAUCCAACUAUCCAUCCAUCCAUCCACCCAUCGAUCCAUCUGUGCAUCCAUCCAUUUAUCCGUCCGUCCAGGCACUUUCCUUCUUUAGGAUUCUUUAACUGGGAGAAGUAAGGGCUAGAAUUGUGGUUGGGCAGCUACAUGUGUUAUUACUACUCAUGAACUUUAGACAAAAAAAAAAAUCUCUUCACUGAGAAAAUCACAAUGCCUUUUACAUGUGAGGAAAAAGGCAGCACAAGCGCUGCUGGAGUUUUGCUGGAAAGCAACCACAGUUUGUCCAACGAUCCCUACCUCCCAUCCUGUUUUCCCCUCCCCCCCCUUCCUCCCUCCAACUCAGACCAUCACAGCCUGACAAGCACAGGUACCCAAUGUGGGGGUGGGAAACCCCCCCAGCACUGGAUAACAUAAACAGACCCCCACAUUGACUCCAAAAAGUCAUUUGCAUUUUGAAACAUCACGAGCAGAAGAGAAGGGUUUUACUCUCUAGUGUUUCACCUGGAUUUGAGUAUUUUUGAGAAGAUGCAGCACCGAUGUGAAGGGUCCUCGGGCCCCGACCUUGUCUGUAAGGCUCUUGCUUCAGAAGCUGGUGGUAAUAUGAUAGUCGUCGAAGUUGAACGUCCAAUAUCUCAGAGCAGAUACGAGAACCAGGUGCCAAACAUGAUGUCAAAGAUGCUGUGAGGAGAUAUCAGGUGUGACAGGCUGUUCGGGUCGCGCGUCCGAUUGUCCAGCACAUGGAGUGAAUGGUUCUCCUUCAGUUAGCUGCUGCCCAUUUAAGACACUUCUGAUUUGUUUGUUUUUUACCAGAGCUAAUGAAAAUGCUAACAUGCCAGCCUGUCUUGUCUUCAGAAGGCUAACUAGGUGUCAGCAUGCUGUAGGCAAGCAGUUAGCAUGCUUGUGCCAUGCUAAUCGUCCAUCUCACUGCCAGCCCUCACACACACACUCCGGUUUGUCACUUCUAAUCCGACUUUGACAGCAUGCGAUGAUAACAGCUAAUGUGUGUGUGUGUGUGUAUGGAAAAGUAACACACUUAACAGGAAAAAUAAAAUAGAAAAAAAAACUUUAAGGGGGUCUUGCCAAAUGUCCCAUUAACAUUUUAAUUCUACAAAAGGACAUUUCGUUUUUUGACGAUGUGAACAUUUGAACAUGAACUUUGUUUCUGGCCUGUGGACGUGCAGUAGAAAGUGCAUGAGUGCAGUGUAUGCUAUUUUUUCAAAUUAACUGGGGCCUCCAAGUGUUUUCUUCACGCCACGCGAUGGAUAACCGUCUCGGUUCAGUGGUUAGUGCAGUCUUAAUAAAGUGUCAAUUGAACAGUGCCACUCCUCACUGAUAAAUGUAGGCAUCCAUGUUGCCACCACCUGUAACUACCUGAAGUUCACGUGCCAAGUUUGAUCUAAAUUCAAUUCAACAGUCGACAACAGGAUGUCGAUUGAAGACGGUUGAAGUGCAAUUGGAUGUUUAGUAGUUUUAACGAUGAUAGAUUAUUGUCUAUUUGAAGCUGUGUCCUAUUAUGUUAGAUUGGUUUUGAAUCAUCUAAUAAAUUUCUACCAUUAACACCUUUUUCUGUAUCCUGAUACUGGGAAAAGCUUUAAUUCCACCGAUGGAGAAUUCAAACAUGUUUCUGCCUUUAGUAAGCAGAAACAGAUAACUCACUUUAAAAGUUUAGAGUCAAUGGAAUUAUGGGAAUUUGAGUUUUCCUCUAUUUAUUCACACACUCAUAUUAAUGAUGAAACUGCCAUUUCAAAACCAAGCUAACAUAUUUACAAAAUAAAAAAAGUGUCAAAUUGACACUGUAAAGUCCAGAAGUCUAAACCAAUAAUCACGUAACAGUUUUUGCGAUGUUCUUUAUUGAAAAUAUUAAAUAUUUAACCUUGGGCAAUACUCACAUUUCACUCUUCAUUAAUAUCCACAAGGGCUCGAUUGAAACUGCUUAGCUGCUUUACUGAAGAGCCGUGCAUGCAUGCGCCCAGUUGAUCGGAAGCAGAGGAAGACAGACUCGAUAACCAAUUCUGAAUCCAAAAGGAUCAUAUUCUACAUUUAGUCCCUGGAGCAAGUUUUAGUUUCCAGGAAACAUGAACAUCUUAGAUGAUUUGUAAUUUGGAUAUCCGAGUUAGUAGAAAACGCUCUCGCAGGCAGAUUUCUCCUGAGCACAGUUCAGCUUUGUUUUCUUGUCGCUGAGUCUAUACAGUGAUUCACAUGAGAAUGUUCCACCAAGAACCAGAUAAUGAACUCAUGGUGCAAUUAAACCAAGUUUACAUUUAUAAAUUGUGAGAUGUGUGUACCUUAAUAAAAUACUCAUAACAGCGGGGAGGUCAGUGUCCAUCAGAGCGGUCAGCAGAUCUCAGGCGAAUGGACAUGUCCACGAGAACCGGGAGAGUCUUUAGAGGGAGGACGGACGCAGCAGGAAACCCAGCGUCCCUGCUCACGUCCGUCCCUCUUAAUUUAUUGUGACUUUUACACGGUCGGGGAUGGGGGGGGGAAGAGGUCCACGGUUGUUUAUUUUUAAUAACUGAAUUUCAAAUGUGGAUUUUACAAGCAAUGAUGAUGAUGUGAAGUGAUGUGUCAUCGCUGGGUUUCAGAGUUUUGUCUUUAAAUUUCCACGGGUUCCAAUCGAGUGGGUUUUUUUGGAGACGUGGUUUUUGUUGACUUCAAAAAAAUAAGAUUGAGAGCUGAAGUGUCCUGAUGGGAUGGAAGAGGUUGGCGAAGCUUUGGCCUUACUGACACGUUUUUAUUUUUUUCCUUUGUAUAAAAAAACAACAAACGUCUCUGUAGGCUUUUCACUACCUCUCAUGUUGGUUAAUUUAUUUCACAUCUAGUUGUCAAUGUACAAGUUGUUUUUACAUCUACUUGAAGCCUAACACUGUAAACAAAAAUGUGCACAGAAAAAUGACUAUGUAUAUGACCAGAGGGGUUCAAGAGGGCGUGGCCUAGUCAACGUUAUUUUUUUUUUGGUUUGUAUGUAUGUUUGUUUUCAAUUGUUUGAGCUGAAAUAGAUUUUGCAUCUCUAUAAAGUAUUCAGGAAUCCACUGUCUAAGGGCUAAUCCCAUUUUUGCCUAUGCAAAUCUGUUACUGUGG